UAAAGUUUACAUUCUUAUGGUUAAAUCUCGUUUUAAUUUGAACUAAUGUUAAUACAUCAAAUGGUCUACAGUAGACUACAACAUUUUCGAGCAGCGCCCUACUGCGCCCAGUUAUUUUCUCCAAUAGCAUGUAAGAAGUAGGCUAUACGACUUAGAGCUCACAUUUAUGUGUAAUAGUUUUGCAAAUAUUACACAUUUUUCACUGUGGGAAAUCGGUGCUGCUCGGGUAGAUUUCCGCAAACAUCCGUCCAUGUUUAGCGAGGAAAUAUGUUGGAAAUGCACAGCACAAUAUAAUAAUAACAUUUAGCUAGUGCAUGAGGUUUAAAGUUGAAGUUUUAUAUUUAACCUGCUGUCCAUAGAUGCAGCUGGUAUUUACAGUAAAUACUAGUCUACUGUAGGCUAUCGUGGUCCUACAUGAAUCAGAAGCUUAGAGGGCGGGUCUAGUCCGAUUAAAUUACAUUUUAACGCAGUAGCCAGACACAGCGACAAAGAAAUAGGCGAGGCUCAUUCGCCAUUACUAAGAAAGUAUCGCCUGUAAACAAUAGCCUAUACAAAAAAAAAAUACAUCCACUCCAGCCCCAAACAUCUGGAAAGAAAGUGCCGUUGGAGACGAAAUACCCCUGCAGCCAAGAAGAUGUUGGGGGUGGCCGAAGAAAUGACCAAUGGCAACGGCAACAUGGCCAGUGCCCUGGCCAAUGCGAUUUGUGAGCGCUGUAAGAGUGGCUUUGCCCCGGCGGAGAAGAUCGUCAACAGCAACGGGGAGCUGUACCAUGAGGGAUGCUUCGUCUGUGCUCAGUGCUUCCAACAAUUCCCUGAGGGUCUCUUCUAUGAGUUUGAGGGCAGGAAGUACUGCGAGCAUGACUUCCAGAUGCUGUUUGCUCCCUGCUGCCACCAGUGUGGGGAGUUUAUCAUUGGUCGUGUGAUCAAGGCGAUGAACAACAGCUGGCACCCUGACUGUUUCUGCUGUGACCUCUGCCAGGCCGUGCUUGCUGACGUGGGCUUCGUCAAGAACGCCGGCAGACACCUGUGUCGCCCGUGUCAUAACCGUGAAAAGGCCCGUGGUCUGGGGAAGUACAUCUGUCAGAAGUGCCACGCCAUCAUCGAGGAGCAGCCGCUGCUGUUCAAGAACGACCCCUACCACCCGGACCACUUCAACUGCAACAACUGCGGUAAGGAACUGACGGCUGAUGCCAGGGAGCUGAAGGGAGAGCUGUACUGCCUGCCCUGCCAUGACAAGAUGGGCGUUCCCAUAUGUGGAGCCUGCAGGAGACCCAUCGAGGGCCGCGUGGUCAAUGCCAUGGGCAAGCAGUGGCAUGUCGAGCAUUUUGUGUGUGCUAAGUGUGAGAAGCCCUUCCUGGGCCAUCGCCACUACGAACGCAAAGGACUGGCCUACUGUGAGACUCACUACAACCAGCUCUUUGGAGAUGUCUGCUACCACUGCAACCGUGUCAUUGAGGGUGAUGUGGUAUCAGCCCUGAACAAGGCAUGGUGUGUCAACUGCUUUGCCUGUUCCACCUGCAACACCAAGCUCACCCUCAAGAAUAAGUUUGUAGAGGUGGAUCUGAAGCCUGUGUGUAAACACUGCUACGAGCGCCUGCCAGACGACAUGAAGCUCCGUCUUGCCAAACGAGAAAAAGAAAAGACGAAGAAAGUGCCCAUGUGUCUAUAAACCUCUCUCCUUCCUUUUUCCUCACUUCCACUUUCCAUUCAUUGGAACAAGUUUGUGGAGUUUGACAUGAAGCCGGUGUGUAAGAAGUGCUACGAGAAGUUUCCUCUGGAGCUCAAGAAGAGGCUCAAGAAGCUGGCAGAGACCGUGGCCCGGAAGUAGACAGACAGACAGACAUGCUAGAACAGACAAAAGUGAUAUCAGAGUGUUUGAGCAAGCACAUGACCUUUGUUCUUGGUGUAAAUUUAGGGAUUAAAACCACUACCCAACCCCUCAUAGGUUGAUGAAAAUCAGAUUUGCAAUAUCCUUCAGUCCUUUCAUGCCUGGUUAAAUAGCGACAACCCAUGAGCAGAGAGAGAGACUACACAAGAAAGGGUCAUCCCCAAAUCAGUGCCUUUGUCU